UUGACUAAGGACCGAGGAAGAAAUGCCGCUUAACUGGUACCUAUUAAAAACGACCGGGUCGAUGACCAGGGUCAACACCUACAUUCGAAAGUUCACGGAGGGAUCAGAGCGCAGCGGAGUCCUCAGCACAGCCCCAAAAGUUGCGAAGAAAAAAUCUACCUCUUUCAAGAUCUCGGAAUUGGAUCGCAUUUCAUACCUUUCAUCUUCCUCUCGAAGAAGCAGGGGGAUAAGCAACCGUUCCGGUCAGUUAAAAGAGCCCAAGAGUCCCCAAAUAAUGGAAACCUGUCCGUUGAAAUCCAAUUCCAUUCCCAAGAAGGAGCCUGUUGUCCAGGAUUCUCCACGCAUGCGGGAGUUUUUUAAUGAGGUGCGACAACGGGAGCUCAAGAACUACUAUCUACAGAUGAAGGCCGCUCAAAGGGUUCCAGUUUUGUCCCAUUUGUGUUCAGAUUGUGGUCUGCCAAAGCGUGAUAGGAAGGAUCUUACCCAGAAUAUUUACUGCACGGGGGAUGAGAACUUGAGGCGGAGUAAAACUCGGUGUGGUGAUCGGUAUAAGGAUCUUACUUGGUUGUGGAACUCCUCUUUGGUAUAUCCCAACUCAGGAAUGAGUUGUGGAUGUCGAAGAAGUGUUUCCAACCAUGUGUGAUCUUUAUUCACAGGUCAUUGUACGAAAUAUGU